AAAAAGCACAUAUUUAUUUAUAACCUGUCGGUAUCUAUAUUGAUCUCUAACUUGAUUUUUGUAUGUCCUUGCAAUCAGGAUGUUCUAAAUAAGAGGGGAGAAUAUAUCAAAUUAAAAUACCUGCAGUCUUUAGAUGCUUAUAAUUUCUUGAAAAUGAGACUGUUAUUGCUUCUUGGAUUCAUACUCACAGUCAGGGCGGCGUCUCGUCCGUUGCAGACCUAUUUUAGAAGCUUACCCAACCAUUGGUUCCGAGGCUUCGGAUCAACUACCGCUGCACCUCCAACUCCAUUUGUGGAAAUAAAUGGACAACCAUCUUCAACUCCUGCGCCCUAUUUAGCAGAUAACUUUCAAUCGAUAAAUAAUAGAUUAUCAUCCGAUAUUAGGUCUGAUUUUGGAUCAACGACAAGUUCCCCGCCAACUUCUUUUAUUGAACUAAACCAAGAAUCAGUUUCAACGCCAUCUCCACUUGAAAAUGAGGGCUUACAGGCUAGUAGCACACCAUUUAAUCUAAACAGUGGCCUAGUAUAUGGACAAAAUCUACAAAAUUAUGGACAAAACCUACAAAGUUAUGGCCAAAAUCUACAAAGUUAUGGACAAAACCUACUAAGUUAUGGACAAAAUCUACAUGGUAAUUUGUUCAACGGGUUUGGAUCUACGACGAGUGCACCACCCACUUCAUUGGUUGAACUAAAUAGUGAGUCUGUUUCGACUCCAGCUCCUCUUGAAAGUGGAGGCUUACAAUCUGGAAACAUACCAUUUAACCUAAACAAUGGCCUAUUAUCUGGACAAAAUAUAAAUGGUAAUUUGUUGUUCAACGGGUUUCAAUCAACCACAAGUGCACCACCAACUUCAUUUGUUGAGCUAAAUGGACAAUCUGUUUCAACACCAGCUCCAUUCCAAAAUGAAGCAAUACAAUCUAGUAGCAUACCAUUUAACGUAAAUAAUGGUUUACUAUCUGGUUUUGGGUCUGAUGUUUCAAAUAACCUACAAAGUUAUGGACAAAAUGUUAACAGCAAUUUGUUAUUCGAUGGUUUUGGAUCAUCAACAACCAGUGCACCACCAGCAAAUAAUGAAAUUUUAUCCCGUUUUGGAUCAGAUAUUUCAAAUAUCCAACAAGCAGGAGAUAAUAAUGCUUUCUACUCAACUGAAGGUCCUGUAUCCAGCACAUCUGCGCCGUUUGACAUGCGUCGGUUGUUUUUACAAGACAGUUCACUUUUCCAAAGCUCCCCACGGCUAGUUCCGGAAAUAAGUCCAAUCAAAAUUCAAGGUAAAACAACUGGAGGUUCUAUAUAUGAUACAUUUGGAAGUAAUGAUGAAGUGAUUGAAAGCCAAAGCGAAAAACCACUGAUUACCAAGAACGUAUACUUCUUCACCGCUCCCGAAGACGAAGCAGUUGUGAAGCCAAGAAUAUAUUUCGAACCAACCAGGAAACAUGUCAAUGUAGUAUACAUCAAAGCACCUGCAGCUCCAUCUCUUGGACCUAUCGAAAUCACUCCUCCUAAACAGGAGUCACCGGAGAAGACGGUGGUGUAUGUUUUAGUAAAAAAGCCAGAAGAGCAAAAAAUUAUUGUAAAACCUGGUCCCACAGCAAAGCCUGCAAAUCCCGACGUAUUCUUUAUCAAUUACAAAAAUGAAGAAGAAGCGCAAAAUGCACUUGAGGAAUUACAGUCAAAAGAGGAAGUUCAGCAAGAAAACCAAGCUGAUGAAUUAUUAAAUGCUCAUUUUGACAUUAAUCCUUUUAAACGAAAAGUAAGCGAUAAGAAAGUUAGAAAAACUCGAAAUUUUUAUUGAUAUAAUUUAAUAAUGUAGGUUAAAUAAAAUGCUUGUUUAAAACACCGUUACAUAAAAAUCAUUGGAAAUAAGCAUUAAUUCAAAGAUAUCAAUAUUAACAAAAACUUAUUUAUUUGAAAUACCAAAUCCUUAUAAACUACUGUAAGAACCACUGCCCAAAACCUGCCUUUAUUACCUGCUAUGUAUAAAUUAAACAAUAAACUCUUUAAAUCCAUAA